CUUUUUAGGAGAAGCAGCUUCGAGCUUCUCCUUAUUUUAUAUAGCUAAGAACACCACUUGGAGAUAUUUUUAAAGCUGCGGGCGGAGAAGAUAUCCUGUUAUCCAUCCCUCUUGGAGCCUCGGUGGGGUAUGAAUCGUAUGAUGGACCAGAGAUAACGGUCACUGGUUCUCCUCCUAAGAGACUUCGUGAAAGGAAUCAUGGCCAUGGACACGGCUUUCAGAGCUGGGUUGCUUGGUCUAAGAUACUCCGAGCUCACUAAUUCCCAAUCUCCCCUUCUCCUCAGAGGGUCCUUACUUUCGCACACCCAUGGCGUUGCUAAGAGGUCUCUAUGCGUCUCAGUCAUCCGGAGUUCCCUUCCUGGAAGAGAAGCUAUUGGAGAUGAUGUGAUGCGAAUAUUCCUGAAGGAUAGGCAGUUGAAUGGAGAUUUUAUAUCUAAAGUUUCUGAUAUGCUUUGGCAGAGGGACAACUUAAUGCAUGAAGAUUCAGAAAUUAGCCUUGUGCAUGAAAAUAGUCAGCAACAUGAUGAGAUGCUAGAGAAUGAAAGCAGGAGUGGAUAUUUAAAGCUUACCAGAGCCAGGGAGUGGGUAUCUGGUGAUAAUGUUGCUCCAGCAAAAAAGAAAUUUGUGGUCAAGGAACGGCAGAAAGACAGUGAAAAAAGGAAGAAACUCAACCUUUUAAAAUAUGAAGCGCUUAAAAGAGAACUUUUGCUUCUAACUACUGGUAUUGGAGCUGCUUGCAGUGCAUAUUGUUUGGUUAACUUAUCUGUCCAGGCUGCUAUCAGCUAUGCUUCUGGAGUCCUGUUCAGAAAUCGGUUCAAGCAAUGCACCUGCUAUGAGUGCCUUCAACAACUCUGUUCUGUCUAUUUCUGCUUAACAGAAGUGGGCGAGAGUAUGGACUACUCGAAGAUGUACUCAUGUUGUUUGUACCUUCAGCUUCUUUAUCAUCACACUGAUAACCUGUCGAGGGCAGCUGUUGCUGAAGCUUUUAUGCAGAAGAAAUUGAAGAAAAUCGGAAUAAGAAGCGAGGACCUAAAGAAUGUGUUAGAGAAAACAUUGAGUGGUACCACCCUGGCACUUUCUUCUCCAAGGCUUGUAAUCCCUGCAGCGAUAUAUGGAAUCUGGGCCCUGUCACACCAUUUCCUCAAUAGUUAUUUUGAUUUUCAGCUUGUUCCUGGAAUGUUUGGCUUUUUCGCAUAUAAAGCUGCAGCCUUAGUCCAAGUUUACAGAGAUAAUGAAGAUCUGCAGUUUGUAUUUCCAGAUAAUGAGGAGGGAUCAGAUAACAGUUAAAGGUACUUGUUUCUAAACCCCUUGUAAAGAACUAAAGAUGUUGGUGCUGUUGCCUAUUUUCUACAAGUGGGAUUUUAUCCCGCAGGAAUAUUUCUGUGAUGGACAAGCAGGUGAAAAAUAAAUUAUCUCCACUCUCAGAUUUCAUGAAGGCUCUAAUGAAAAGAGGCACUUUGGGAUCCUUUUAUGAAGUUAUCAUUGAACUCGUCGACCUUCUAAAACCAAUUGAAUUAGCCAGUUAAUUGGUUCCACCUUCUCACAUUUCACAAAUAUAAUCUCGAUGUAUCAGAAUCACCAUGUAUCAGAGGUGGAUUUUUUCCCAUGUAGCUCCACUUUUUCAAGAACACUGUUUUUCUAGGACUCAUUUUCUCAGGUGGAUGCCAACUGGUCAUUUCAUGUU